CUCCGGUGUCUCCACACACGACAAGAACACCAUGGAGGCCCUGCCAGCCUGCGUCCUCAAGGACGUGUACCAGGAGGCGCUGGGCUCCGCGGUCAUCGGCAUUGAUGAGGGCCAGUUCUUCCCGGACAUCGUGGAAUUCUGUGAGAUGAUGGCCAAUGCUGGAAAAACUGUCAUCGUUGCGGCUCUUGAUGGGACUUUCCAGAGAAAGGCCUUCGGGAGCAUCCUGAACCUGGUGCCACUGGCAGAGAGUGUGGUGAAGCUGAAUGCCGUGUGCAUGGAGUGCUACCGAGAAGCCUCCUACACAAAGAGGCUGGGAGCAGAGAAGCAGGUUGAAGUGAUUGGAGGAGCAGACAAGUACCACUCCGUCUGCCGAACCUGCUAUUUCCGCAAGCGGCCUCAGCAGCCUGGGUCGGAAAACAAGGAGAACAUGCCCAUGGGGGUGAAGCAGCUGGACAUGGCUGCCUCCCGGAAGAUCUUUGCUUCUUGACUACUGUGCUCCCACAUGGGAAAAAAUGAGAGGAAGGA